AUGGGGGAGACACAGAACUUGCACUUACCUCUGCGUAACCGCUCUUCACUCAAGAAGCCUUUACUGAUUCUUCUAUUAAUCUGCAUCACAAGCGUGCUCUUGGUUUGUACUUACAUGUAUCCACAACAUAACGUUAAAACCCCUGCUUGUGAGGGUUUAUCCAGCAGCAGCUGCAAAGCUGCGCUCUCAGGAUGGCUUGAUGUUCACGUGAGGAAACACACAGACGAGGAAGUAGCAGCACGUGUUGUGAUCAGAGACAUACUUAGAACUCCUCCUGCUCUGACCUCUAAAUCUAAGAUAGCUUUCAUGUUCUUGACUCCUGGGACCUUGCCGUUUGAGAAGCUAUGGGAUAAGUUUUUCCAGGGUCAAGAAGGGAGGUUCAGUAUUUACAUACAUCCAUCGAGGUUAAGACCAGUUCACAUCAGCCGUCACUUUUCAGACCGGGAGAUUCAUAGUGAUCAGGUUACUUGGGGAAGGAUCUCUAUGGUUGAUGCUGAGAGACGGCUUCUAGCUAAUGCUCUUGAGGAUCCUGAUAACCAACACUUUGUUCUUCUUUCAGAGAGUUGCAUACCGUUGCAUACGUUUGACUAUACCUAUAGGUAUUUGAUGUUGGGGAAUGUCAGCUUCAUUGACAGUUUUGAGGAUCGUGGUCCGCAUGGGACAGGCAGACACAUGGAUCAUAUGUUACCUGAAAUCCCAAGGCAAGAUUUUAGAAAGGGUGCUCAGUGGUUCACAAUGAAGCGUCAACACGCGUUGAUAGUGAUGGCUGAUAAUCUUUACUACUCGAAAUUCCGUCAGUUCUGCAGACCUGGGGUAGAAGCAAAUAAGAACUGCAUCGCGGAUGAACAUUACCUUCCUACAUUCUUCUAUAUGCUUGAUCCGGGAGGAAUCUCGAACUGGUCAGUUACAUAUGUUGAUUGGUCUGAGCGUAGAUGGCAUCCAAAGACGUAUAGAGCUCGUGAUAUCUCACUUAAGUUCUUGAAAAACAUCACUUCUGAUGACAUGAGUGUACACGUGACAAGCGUUGGCAAGCGGGGAGAAGAGCUUCAUUGGCCAUGUACAUGGAACGGUAUAAGAAGACCAUGUUAUCUAUUCGCAAGGAAAUUUCACUCAGAUUCUGUUAACAAACUUGUCAGACUCUUCCCAAACUACACCAGCACAGUGGUCUAAAAGAGACAGAGAGACAAAGACAUACUCAAGUUCUUGAAACUGAACCCAUACGAUUCUUGAAACAGGAACGAAACACUUCCUGACUAUCUCGAGAUUGCAUUGGAUGGCAGAUUACUGUACAUUGAAUCUGAAAAUGCUUUUUGAUGAGACAAGCUACUCUGCUGGUUAAGCUUUAUUAGUAUAACCAGAGAUUUUUUUUGGUUAAGGAUUUGGUUAUUGUGAUGUUUAGCCAUGGUUUGGUUAGAGUGUACCGGUUUAUGUUGUUGUAACUUUAGCUAUUAAGCACAAAGAAUUGAAUACUUGAAUACUUUUACUAUGUUAUGUGUCAUUUAAG